UUUCCGAAUAUUUACAUUUUACGAAAAAGUGUUUGUGUAAUUACGCUUUAAGCUUUAACAUGACUGCAAGUUUGUUUGUUGUUGGAUCUUUUUGAAUUUGGUAAAAUGAAUGAAACACAUUAGGCACAUUAGCGUAAACACGGAUCAUAUGGUUUUGUAUUGAUUUUGCCGAAUUUAAACAAAAACUGUGCGUUAUACGAAUGAAAACUGCGUUCUACGCGGUUUUUUGAGUGAUUCCUAUUGUAAUUCUCGAUGUCCACGCAAUCUAAAACCAUGCCAAUGUUAGAUCUCAAAGUUUACGUGAGAGUGGUGGCUGCGGUUUUCUCUAUAUCGUCAGCGACCGCGUUUACGAUGGCUCUGCUGCGUUUGUUGAACCCUGAAUUGUUUUAUUUGGACCCUCUGCUUGGAACAGACUUAGCCAUCCACUACUUCAUAACAGGCCUAAUGGUGCUGACUGCAGCCAUUGGUUUCCUGAACAGCUGUGUCGUGAUGAACCGCUCCAGUAUACACAACACCGGUCGAAAUAUAACCACAUGGUUGCUGCUGGACUCGCUGUUUGAGACCACCCGGGUUGUGUACGUGUUUAUAUCUGAGAUCGUACUAAAAGGGAAGGGGCCGGUGCAGUUGUAUGAGCUGUUGAUCAGUGCGGCGCAGUACUUACUCGACAGCUUCCUCUACUGUCAAAUGAUACUGCGGCACUAGCACUCGGCCGUACACCCUAUAUCAGUAGUAUAGCUAUAUCCAUCCAUAGGAUGCCUCCGACAGGAGCAUAGUUUAAUUUCCAGUAGAUUCCUUAAACCAGUAUUAGAUAGUUAAUGUAGAAUUAGAGUCCAUACAAUGGAUGCUGUUUACUUUUAUAUAUGGGUUCCAUGAUUGUGGUACAAGUUUUUUUUUUAUUCUUAUUUUUAACGAGGCUUUGAACACCCGUGUGAUUAUGCCAGCCUCAUAGGUGCUUUCGUGUACCUAUCCCUUAGACAAGGGAUUGGUCAACCAGAUAGUAUAAACUAAAAGCCAUAUUUGAUAGUGGCUCUGCCAACCAGCAAUUGACUUCUCCAUUGCCAAGAGAAAUCACACCUUGAGAGCGAAAAACCUUUCUUCUCACGUCUAUAUUCCGGGCACAUUCCAACAAAACGUGGUAAAGGUCAUCAACCAUAUGACAGACAUGGCACAGAUGUGAAGGUUUAAUACCCGUGGUACAAGUUGUGUAGAUAAAAUAGUGGUUCUUCGAACACCAGGAGUCAAUAUCAUUACCGUGAACUCAAAAAUAUCCUGGAAUCUUUUGUCUUUUUGCAGAUAUCCAGUUAGAGCUUAUGUAUGUUGCCAACUUGCGUCAUCUCAGGCCUUUACAUCUUUAUCAGAUGAUUCAAACAGCGUUUCUGUGGCAGCUUUUAAAAUAGCUGUAAAGUCCGAUGCAAGAGCGACAGUAGCGGCCGCACGACUGGCAUUGUAGUUGAGGGUUAUUAGAUGGUACAGGUGGUAAAUCGGCCCUCUCAUUUCUGUGUCGCCUCUCGCGCUUGUCGGCUAGAAUCUGGAACCAGGUUUUAUCGUGUGCUUUGCACCCAUCGGCCAAAGAAGUUCUGGAUAUUGGCAAAAAGACCAAACAGUCUAGGAUAUUUUUGCGUUAACGAUUAGAUUAGAUUCAUUUAUUUCACAUUUAGUUGUACAUCACAUUUUAGAUACUUACAAUACAAAACUGUAACAACAUAAAUAUGAUCGCCGAAAAUUAUAACAAAAGAAUGUCAACAUAGAAGAUAAUAAAUUAAAAUAAAUUGUCACAAGAUAUUAAAUCAAUACAAUGUCAUGGCUAAUAUGAGUAAUAAAAUAUUUAUGUAUAAAAUAAAAUUACAUUCAAGUAAUUACAAUAAAAUACAAUGUCAACAGAAUAUAGCUCCAUAUCCAACAAAAGGUUUUUUAGACGGUGAUAGAAUGAUAUGUCAACGGUAAUGAUAUAGACCACCAAUGUUCGAAGAUCUACCCAAAACCAGAAACUGACCUUAGAAAGGGUAAAUAUGUCUGUCUAGAAUCUUGACUACAAAAAUACCUAAGAUAUUAUUAAAAAAUCUCAACAAAAUACAAGAUAGGACAAUAAUUAAUUAUUCACACUUCUUGAGGUCCAAAAGAAAUCACCAGCCUAAUGAAUACUAAAAUGUAAGUGAUUUUAUUUGACAUAACAAUCAUGGAACCUUUGAUCAUCAUUUUAUCUACAUUUUAUACGGAAAAAGUAUUUUGUUUAUAAAAAUGAGGGUAUUAUACUUAAUAUUCCAUGUAGCUGUGAUCUGUGGGUUUAUGACUAAGACCUCUAACGUUAAAGUUAAAACUUAUUUUUAAAAUGGGUGUUCAGAAACUAUUAUAGAAAGUAAGAUCACAUUUUGAUAGGUACUUGAAAAAUGUUAUCCUACGAUUGUUAGAUGGUAAAUUGAAAGUAGAACUAUGUAAUACUCUUAUAAAAGAAUGGGGUUGAAAAAGAUUGGUCCUAUAGAUAAUAAAACACUGUAUUUGCGUAUACUCUAAUUUUCACAAGUAAGCAUGUAUGUCGUAAGCCUAUUUUAUAACUGUGUUGUGUCAGGAUUGGAUCGUAGUGAGUGGAAUUCUAUGGAAUCUCUCUACCUACCCCAACGGCAAAUAGGCGUGGUCUUAGGAUAUUAAUAUAGGGUACUAGUGACAUCGUAACGAUAUUAAGGGGGAUGAUUCAAACCAUGAUUCUGAGUUAAUAUCAAGUCGAAUUUACCGUCGCAAAAUUCAUGAUUUAUUGUAUUUUUUUAAAUCAUUUUCAAUUCCAUACUUUUGCGAUGGAAAAUUCCACUUGAUAUCAACUCAGAAUCAUGAUCCGAAUCAUCCCUCAAAAUUUUCGUUACGAUGACACUAACACCCUGUAUACUUUGAAGAAAAUCAAAUUUACAUUGUUUUCUAUUCUAAACUUGAGUUUCGACAUGUUUAUUUAUUAAAGAACUUUAUUAAAAUAAUUAAAACACAUAAUAACGGAUUCUUACCGCGUUUAAAGCAGGGAUAUGAGACUCCCAAUAUUCCCUCCCUGCUAUAAACGCGUAAAUUUAAAACAAUGUAAGAACUUUCUUGACUUAAUUCAGAUUAUUGACGGAUCUCAAUUGCCCACCGAGGUACAGAGUAGGCCUACAGUUC